GUUUAGCCAAUAUCCGAAAAUGUUUUAUUCUCAUUUUCAGAUCAUAUUUUCAACCCUUCAAUUCAAUGUUGCUUCAGUGUUCCAACCGAGGAUCAAAUUCAACACUUGUAUUACACAACUUCAAGCAAAGAUGCACCUUCACACACCCCAAAUUGAACACCCAAAAGAAGUUUGGCCAGCUUGCAUACAGAGGAACAAAUGAAUUGGGUCAAUUUAAUGAGUGUCCUGCCAAUUGGGAAAAUGUGCUUGAAGGGAUUCGUAAAAUGAGAUGCUCAGACGCAGAGGCUACUGGUGAUCGAGAAGAUGAUGAUAUUCUACCUCUUAAGGAAAGAAGAUUUGCUGUCCUGGCAUCUUCUCUUUUAUCGAGCCAAACUAAGGAACAUGUUACUCGUGGAGCAACUCAUCGUCUUCGUCAAAAUGGUUUGCUUACUGCCAAUGCACUCAACAAAGCUGAUGAAGAAACUAUCAAAAAGUUGAUUUACCCUGUAGGGUUUUAUAUAAGAAAAGCUAGCAACUUGAAGAAAAUUGCUCAUAUUUGUCUCACAAAGUAUGAUGGAGACAUUCCUAACUCGAUUGAAGAACUACUCUCACUUCCAGGCGUAGGUCCUAAGAUUGCUCAUUUGGUUAUGAUUAUUGGAUGGAACAAUGUACAAGGGAUAUGUGUAGAUACUCAUGUCCACCGCAUUUGCAAUCGACUUGGAUGGGUUUCGAGAUCAGGCACAAAACAGAGAACUUCCUUACCGGAAGAAACAAGAAAGGCGCUGCAACGGUGGCUUCCAAGGGAAGAAUGGGUUGCAAUAAAUCCUCUUUUGGUCGGAUUUGGACGGACAAUUUGUACUGCUAUGCGGCCUCGCUGCGGAGAGUGUGGUGUAAGCAGGUUCUGCCCAUCAGCAUUCAAGGAAACUUCUAUCCCAUCUUCCAACUCCAAUAAGUCUGUAUUGAACAAGAAGCCUGAAUCAAGCUGAUUCUUAUGAAGAAAGAGUUUUAAUAUUGAAACAUUUGUGUCUAUUAGAGAUGUAUAUAUUUUGAAGAAUGACCCUAAUUAAACUAUAAGAGAUGUAUAUUUUGAAGAACUACAUACGUUCAACUAAAUAGCUUAUUUUUUCUUUUUCA